UGCGCUCCAGCGGUGCAGAGGUUCUGAGAUCCACUCUCUGUGCAGGUGUUCCGCGCUGCCCACCAGCCAUGUCGUCCUGUCGCCGCGUGGCGCUGGUCACUGGAGGCAACAAGGGCAUUGGCUUUGCCAUCGUGCGCGACCUCUGUCGCCAGUUCUCCGGGGACGUGGUGCUCACCGCGCGCAACGAGGCGCGGGGCCGGGCAGCGGUGCAACAGCUGCAGGCAGAGGGCCUGAGCCCGCUCUUCCACCAGCUGGACAUCGACGACCCGCAGAGCAUCCUCAUCCUGCGUGACUUCCUGCGCAAGGAGUACAGGGGACUAGAUGUGCUGGUCAACAACGCGGGCAUCGCCUUUAAGAUGGAUGAUCCGACACCCUUUCAUAUUCAAGCAGAAGUCACAAUGAAAACAAAUUUUUUUGGUACCCGAGAUGUCUGCACAGAGCUACUCCCCCUCAUAAAACCACAAGGCAGAGUGGUGAAUGUCUCCAGCGUGUUGAGUCUGGUCUACCUUAAACGCUGCAGCCCAGAGCUGCAGCAGAAGUUUCGAAGUGAGACCAUCACAGAGGAGGAGCUGGUGGGGCUCAUGAACAAGUUUGUGGAAGACGCAAAAAAUGGAGUGCACGAAAAAGAAGGCUGGCCCAAUUCUGCCUAUGGAGUGUCCAAGAUUGGUGUCACAGUCCUGUCCAGAAUCUAUGCCUGGAAACUCAGUGAGCAGAGGAGAGGAGACAAGAUCCUGCUGAAUGCCUGCUGCCCAGGGUGGGUGAGAACCGACAUGACAGGACCCUCGGCCACCAAGAGUCCGGAAGAAGGAGCCGAGACCCCCGUGUACUUGGCCCUUUUGCCCCCAGAGGCAGAGGGGCCUCAUGGGCAGUUUGUUCAGGAUAAACAAGUUAGUGAGUGGUGAGCUGAACUCACACCUCCACCAUGGUCCCCACUUGGUAUCCUGCACUGAUGUGACCCAAAGGACAUUUAUGCUUUCAAACUAUCCUUAGACCAAAAAAAAAAAAAAAUCCCACAAGGCAUCCUUAUCAAGUGCUUAGGUGUCACAUGUCAAAGGUGGACUAGGGAGCUCACUCAGGCACCACUAAUUCCUUAAGGUCUUUUCUUCAACACAGGGAGAGAAAAGUGAAAUUCCUGAAAAUAACUAAUGCAAAUGAGAAGGUGAAUAAAGGAUUCUUGAUAAAUGUCCA